AUGAAGUUGACAACCUAUGAGAUUGUGUAUGGUCAAACCCCUCCACUUCUUCCAUCUUAUGAACCUGGUACCACAAAGGUAGAAUCUGUAGAGCAAUGUUUGUUGGAAAGGAAUCGGAUGUUGUCCCUCCUUAAAACCAAUCUGGAAGCAGCCCAGUGUCGAAUGAAGAUUCAGUAUGAUAAGAAGCACAAAGAAAGGAGUUUUGAAGUAGGUGAUUGGGUGUAUUUGCGCUUAGUACCUUAUUUGCAUAACUCCCUGGCUUCUCAUUCAUUCCAGAAGUUGCAGCCUCGCUUUUAUAGACCUUUUGAGAUUCUGGCAUGGAUUGGGACAGUGGCAUACAAACUGAAGUUACCUGACAGCUCUAAAUUACACCCAGUAUUUCAUAUCUCCUGCUUAAAGAAGCAUUUGGGUAGCCAAGUUACUCCCACAAUGCCCUUACCUGUCAUCAAUAAAGCUGGAAUUCUGCAGGACGUUCCAAUUGCAAUUUUGGAAAGGAGAAUGGUGAAGAAAGGACACGGAGCUGUCAUUGAAGUGUUUUCAAGGGGGGGUAUUGUUAGGGUGCUGUUAGAAUGCCAAAUGGCAGCAUCUAAUUGUGACAGAUGUAGGGUUGUGAUAAAGGAACUAGUUGAUGAGGUUGAGUUGUUAAGAUUGUUAGAAGUUGUUGGAGGUUAG